GCUCUAGCCGGCAGGGUUCGGAAAGAAGAGGAUGGCACUUCGCAGAGUAGAUGCAAUGUGAUUUUAUUCACUCGUGAACAUCAGCAGGUAGAGAGAGUCCUUACAUUGUCCUGAAUGGCACCAACCACUGCAGAUCUUUAAAAGAAAAUUUAAGGAAAUCACAAGGAAAGAAAGCGACAGGUCUUGCCCUUGGCAAUGAAGUAUGUCUGGCACUUUACAACAUCUUCUCUUUUGUCUCUGCUUCAUAUUUGCCUAGCAGGACAAACCAAUUAUGCACCCUACUUUUUUGAAAAUGGACCUGGAAGCACCAAUGGAAACAUGGCUCUGUUGAGCUUACCCGAAGACACACUAGUUGGAACACAUAUUUACACAUUGAAUGGCACUGAUCCUGAAGGCUAUCCAGUAAUAUAUGGUUUAUCCUUUGAACCUGGAUCAAAACGUUAUUUUUCUAUUGACCCUAUCCAUGGGAACAUCACAGUGAUUGAAGAGCUAGACCGGGAGAAACAAGAUGAGAUUGAGGCUAUUGUCAGCAUAUCAGAUGGAAUAAACAAGGUAUCUGAAAGAGUUCGAAUUCUGGUAACAGAUGCCAACGAUGAGAGCCCUGAGUUCCUGAAUACACCUUAUAUUGUGAAUGUGCCUGAGGACACUCCUUCUGGUAGCAGCAUUUUCCAGGUACAGGCAGUAGACAAGGACACAGGUUCUGGUGGAAGUAUUACGUAUUUAGUACAGAACUCACAUAGCACCAAAUUCACAGUGGAUCGUCAUAGUGGUGUUUUUCGUAUCAAAUCUGGGGUGUCAUUGGACUUUGAAAAAUCAAGAACACAUUUUGUCACAGUCCUAGCUAAGGAUGGAGGGGGAAAACUACGUGGCAAGUACCAAGUUUUAACAUCUACUACAACAGUGACCAUUAAUGUUGAAGAUGUGCAAGACUCACCACCAGUGUUUGUAGGAACACCAUACUAUGGUUAUGUAUAUGAGGAUACUAUACUGGGAUCAGAAAUACUUACUGUGACUGCUUUUGAUGGGGACAGAGGAAAUCCCAACAUUAUAGAGUAUUCACUCUUGGAUGGAGCUGAUGGAGCUUUUGAUAUAAACAAUAUUACUGGUGCAGUCACUGUCAUUAAAAAUCCCAAUGAACUGAAGAAAGAAGUAUAUGAGCUGAAGAUCCAGGUGUCUGAACUUACCCCUGAUGGGGAUGUAGUGGGUCAAGCCUUUACAGUUGUGACCAUACGAGUUGUUGACCUCAACAAUCACCCACCAACAUUCUAUGGGGAAAAUGGACCACAGAAUCGAUUUGAACUUACCAUGUAUGAACAUCCCCCAGAGGGAGAGAUACUGCGGGGACUUAAAAUCACUGUCAAUGAUUCAGAUCAGGGUGCGAAUGCCAAAUUUAACCUGCGUUUGGUUGGACCUGGUGGAAUUUUUCGUGUGGUGCCACAAACUGUAUUAAAUGAAGCACAAGUGACAAUAAUUGUUGAAAACUCUGCAGGAAUAGAUUAUGAAAAGUUUCACCUCUUAACUUUUAAGCUUCUUGCCAUUGAGGUCAACACACCGGAAAAAUUUAGUUCAACAGCUGAUAUAACUAUCCACCUUCUUGAUAUCAAUGAUAACGUCCCAAAGUUUUCCUCAGAGUAUUAUGUUGCUAGAAUACCAGAGAACUCCCCCGGGGGCUCUAAUGUUGUAGCUGCCACAGCCACGGACUUGGACUCAGGACUUUGGGGUGAAAUAAAGUAUUCAAUUUAUGGCGCUGGAUCAGAUCCCUUUCUUAUUCAUCCCUCAACCGGAAUAAUCUAUACACAACCUUGGGCCAUCCUGGAUGCUGAGGAAAACUCAAAGUAUAACUUUUAUGUCAAAGCUGAGGACACUGAAGGGAAGUACAGCUUAGCGGAAGUGUUUGUUACUGUCUUAGACAUUAAUGACCAUUGCCCAGAGUUCAAUGAGAAUAUUCAGGAAAAGACUAUGAUUAUUGGUACCCCAGUAAAAAUAGAGGCAACAGACCAGGAUGCUGAAGAACCAAACAAUAUUGUAAAUUAUGCCAUUAUGCAAGCUGAUCCAGAUAAUGUAUUUGAUAUAGACCAAAACACUGGUGAGAUAAAGCUCAAGUCCUAUAUUAGGUCUUUGGAUGUUAUUCAGAACAUUACUCGUAACAAAAACUGCAAGUGGUCUGUGGUUGUACAAGCAAAAGACAGAGGCUCUCCUUCAUUCAGUACCACUGCAGUGGUCAAGAUUGAUGUUACUGAGGAGACUCAUCUUCACAAGGGGCCUGUGGCUGCCUUUUUGAUGCAAAGUAAAGAUAACCCCAUGAAAGCCUUAGGGGUGCUAGCUGGUGUCAUGGCAAUUAUGGUGGUCAUUACAGUGUUAAUAUCUACAGCCAUGUUCUGGCGCAACAAAAAGUCUAAUAAAAUUAUGCCCAUGAGGAGGAUAAUUAGACGACGAAGGCCAGACCAUCCUCCCAGAACGAUCAGAACUGAAUGGUUGAGAUUUAAGAAGUCCACCGGUUCUGCUGAAAAGUUUGCCAUGCAAGAUGUGGAAGCAGAUCUUCAAAAUGAGAAUGGAAAUAACAACAGCCAGCUUACUCCUUUUCCACCAAAUGCUCCCUUGCCUCCUCCACCCCCUCGCCUAUUACCAAAAGCCAGUAAGACCGAAUGGAGACUUCCAACUGUGUCUGGGUCACUAACACCCAGGAUUAUUGAUCAGCAAAUGAAAGAGAAAGUUCCAAGUGCUAGUGCUGCCCUUGUAUCUGAACUGAAAAUGAUGCUGGAGAAGAAAAAUGCUGGAAGCUCAAUAUCUUUGUAUUAGUUCAUCCUAGCUCGGAUAUGUGAAUAUAAUCUCUAUGAAACAUCUCUUUUAAGUUUCACUUUGGAUCUAUGUGCAACAUGUAAUGUCUGAAAGCCCGCUUGAUAAAAGUUGUAUGAAGUGCAAAUAAAGAAGGUAUAUAUGCACAACAUGCAAAACUUAUUAGUCCAUACUAUUUUGAAGGUAACCAUCUUAUCUGUCUAAUUUUAAACCUGUUAUGGUGAGUUGUCCUAUUAGCUGCCAUAAAUUUGUACACAACCAUAUUUUAACUCUGUGCAUGAGCCGUAUAUCUAGUGCCAAUGGUGAGAUUGGAUCCUGUCCUUCACGAUCAAGCUUUAGUAAAAAGCUUCCCUGUCCUCACUUUGCUCUUAGUAUACUACUCAUGCAUUAAACUAUAAACCUGCCAUUUGUAUGAGUUCUAAAGGAUCUAUGUGAAAUCUUUUUGAAAAUUUUAUUAAUUUUAUUAAUUUGAAUUUAGAAUUUCAUAAUUUUUUGUUUAUUUUAUCUUGCAUUUUUGACAAAACAUCUCUGACAUAGAAAGGUUAUGUAGCCACUGUGGUAAUGCUUUAAGGUGGAACUGCCAUAAAAUGUAACUUUAAGGGUCCCCUAUUUUACUGUAAUUUAUGAGUUAUGUAAAAUAUGUUCAGAAAUGUAAAUGAAGACUAUAAAAACAUAAUAUAACAAUGUAAAUAAUUGCAAUUCUUGGUUAUAAAAUUAAAAAUAUUCAAUUACAUUUAGGCUAUCUUCACACAUAGCAAAAAAGAAAUAAAAGACGUCUGCAUUUUUAAUCUAAUAAUAUGCACAAUGGGAAUCUAUAGAGAAGUGGCAAACUGUAUGAGAGAAAAAGCAACCAAUCACCGCUCAGCUAAUGAGCUGAGGUAAAAUGAAACCUGAGCUGUGAUUGGUUGCUGUGGGAAAAUCACUCUAUUUUUUCUCUCACACAGUUUGAUAAAUCUGGGCCAUAGUGUUUAAAAAAGCUUUAAACAGUGUGUGAACUGACAGACACUUUAACAGUGACUUUUAUUGUGCACAUUAUUAUAUUACAGUGUACAGUGUAAAAAUAAAAAACUUUAGACAUGUCUUUUUUGAUCGGUUGGAGUCUCAGUGCUGAGACCCCCACUAAUCACAGAAUAAGCUUGAAUAAGUGCACAAUAGCACAUAUUUCUUCCUGGCUCUGAGCAAUCUUUCUCUUGCUGCUCCAUUAUAAGUCUAUGGGGCAGAAAGGUUCCUGGGAGCUGAAAAGUAAAGUGUUCUGCUGCGCGCUUCCACAAUCAUUAUCUUGAUCAAUAGGGAUCUUAGCACUGAGACCUCAACAUAUCAAUUCUUUUGACAUGCCUCUGUGACAUGUCAAAUUUUUUUUAAAGUGACAAGUACACUUUAAAAAUGUAGUAUUUUGCUAUUAAUUUUGAUGUGUGAACAUAGACUAAUAGGUUGAUGUUCUAGCAAUACUUUUAUUACAUGUAUUUUUACUUCUGUAAACAAUUUGCAAACACAAUUAAAGAUAGUAAUGUACAGAUUGUAAAACUUCCAAUAAGAAGUUAUAGAUACAAUUAAAGGGGUACUCCGGCCACAGACAUCUGAUCCCUUGAGCAAAGGAUAGGGGAUAAGAUGUCUGAUUGAAGGGGUCCCGUUGCUGGGGACCCCCCCCCCUGCGAUCUCUGUGCAGCCGGGUUUGGGAAGCCGGAGGCCAGCUCCCUCCAUUCCUGUCUUUGAAUGGAGGGGGCAUGGUGUGACUUCACAUCUCUGGCUGUGGAAAACUAGCAUUCUAAACAUAAGUGCUGAACAGAGAUUACCAGGGGGGUCCCAGGAGGGACCCACGGAAUCAGACAUCUUAUCCCCUAUCCUUUGGAUAGGGGAUAAGAUGUCUGUGGGUGGAGUACCCCUUUAAGUACUUGUCAUUACCAGAACCUAAAAAUGCAGUACCAAUAGAAACAAAAGGGUAAAAAAGAUAUACAGGCUUAGCAUAAAAUAAUUUCUUUCAUCCACCUUUAUUGUAAAUCAAAUUAUUUAUGUAAAUACAGUUAAACCAAGCCGCUAUUUAGCUGGAGAUGGAGAUAGACUAUUGUAAUAAAACUUAAUGAUUUCACUGGUUUUCACUUUAUAUCUAAUGUAAAUACAUAUUUUAAUUGUCCUGAAACAAAUGCAAUUGUUAUAUUCUUAAAGGGGCAUUCCCAAUAUUAAAAGGUAACCCCUAUAUAAAGGAUAGGUGAUAACAAGUUUAUCAGUGGGGGGUUUGAUCACCAGAACUUCCCCACUGAUCCUAAGUCCCUCAAAGGAAUGGAGCUCAGCACACACAACUCCAUUCAUUUUUCAUGGGGCUUUUAAACAUUGACAAGCUUAGUGCUGUGCUCCAUUCAUUCAAGGCACAAUUUUCCCCCAUUAUACCCCUGCCAAUCAGCUUGUUACCCCUUAUUCAUUGGAUGGGAAAAACUGUUGAUGUUGGAAAUACCCCAUUAAACAUACAGAUACAUUUAUGAAGGCACUGAAGGUUUCCAUCUCCACCAUAAACAAUGCUGUUGGUGGCACAUGCCCAAUUUAAUAUUACAUCCAAGAGGCAUAUGCUCUAAUUUCAAAGCCAUUGAUGAAUAUCAUUACACUGUUACUAGAUUUGGCAUUACAUUAGAUGACCACAUAGUCUAUAACCACAUUGCUUGCAUGCAUUGCAAAGGUUUUGUUAACAUGAUCUGUAAGGAAAAUAUGUAAAUCAUCAUCUAUUAGAAAUGUAAUUUUUUUAAUGAAUUUAAUUGGAAUCAGCAUACUCCCAGAAAGACCAUGCUUAAAAUGUUUGAACAAUUUACAUAUAUAGGAGGAAUUUGCUAAGACUGGCAAGUAUCUCUAGUCUUAAAUACAGUGCUGCCCCUUUAUUAAGAGGCACACUCCUUGUAGAAAAUGUAGCAUUGAGGAGGACAUGCCCCCAUGCUUCACCCCCCCAUCCUGCCCAUAUGGGAAGCACAGAGCAGACCCGGCCAAAUGUUGCAUAUUUUUGCACAAACAAAGGGUCUAUUCCUGAAUAAUCAGGGUCAUAAUCUUUUAAACCAGCAGCAAGCUGCACCAAGAAAAGCUCAAUAUUAACUUAACAGUGCCCCAGCCUAUUGAAAAUCUCACUAAAUGUCAGGACUUUAAUAUGCAAACAAUUCAAUACAAAGGCAAAAGAAACUUUUCAACAGUCACUAUAAACAAUUAUUAUUAGUCACGUGUGAUCCUUUGCAUCAUAAUCCUUGAAAUAUUGGAGAAAUUCCAUAUAUUAGUGUAUCUUCAUUCAGAUGUAGUUACAUUAAUCCAUGUGGAAUCAUGCUGGAGUUUCUUUUCUUGCCCUUGAUGCCUAAUUGUUUGCAGAUUUAUACUUUGCAUAUAUGUCAUCUGCAUAAAAUGCUGUGUAACAUUUCAAUUACUUGUAUUGAAUCCAUAUUAAUUGCAGCAUAGCUCUCAUCUGAGUGAACAUAUGCUUGUGUGUUAAGGACCUUGGGGGUCCCAACAGCCUAAACCCCAAUGAUUUUUUAAAAAUAUCCUAUUGGAAACACCACUUUAAUAAUUUCACCACACCAGACAGUAAUGCAGUUUUAUUCAUUUGAACUAGUUUUAGAUCAUUUUGCAUUUUUAUAUACAUCUAGAAAUACCUGCAUGCUAUUAGUUUCCUUAUUUGUUAUCAAUUAUUAACACGUAGUUUUAAAGGUAACAGUUGAAGGACCUGCAAUAAAAUAAAAUACAGUGUUCAAUGCAAACAGACAGAUAGGAUCUACAUUAAAGUACAGAACAAUGCAAGCAAAUAGUGAUUUUAGAAAACACUGUUCACACACUCCUAGGAAAUGAUAGUGUGGACUUUAGGGUAUACUUUACAUUUCACAGUUGCAGAUCUCUUUGAAUGUAAAGCCAUAUCUACAGGAGAAAUUGUCUGACGUGUACAUGGCCAAACGGGCAACCUAGGAGUGUAAUCCCUAAACUGCUAAUUUUAAUGUUUGCUAUAUCUGAAGAAAAGAGAUAGGAGUUUGUGUUAUAAAAAAUAUGGAUUUGGGUUGAUAUUACAGUAGCUGGGAUAACAUUAAUGAAUCAUAACAUUUAGCUUCAGUGCUUCCUUAUUCUUGUUCUUCAGGCUUUAAAGUGGAGUUUUCAUCUUCAUUUAAAAAAAUAUUCUCAUUUCCUAACUAUCCUACUUACUGUGACUGUAGCUGUAUGUUUGCAUUGGUAACUAUGUGGAAUGCACACUCAUUACAUUGAAAUGGUACCUGAAUGUUUUAUUAUUAAAUCUGUGUAUUUUUUUUAUGUAGUUAAUGCAUAUUUUAAUUCAAUAAGACAAAUGCUAAUACUGUGGAAAUAUUGUUAUAUCAUUUUUACCAAUAAAACUCAAUAAACUUUCUA